AUGUCCCCUCCUAGACAAGACAGGUGGAGAGCUUUUCAUUUGUGUCUCCUCCUGGGUUCUGUAAGAAGCUGUGGAUUGGAAGAGGAUGACUUUUCUUCUGAUGACGAUACUAUAGAAGUUGACAAUGAGGAGGAUGCUGAACGUGACAAAGAAAAUGAAAAUGAUGCUGAAUCUAGUGUUGGGCCAAAUAUAGGCUGGACAGAUGCCAUGGCUAAAAUUCUUAACCAAAAAUCUCCUACAAGUCAGCCCACCAUUCUGAUCAAAAAUAAGGAGCAGGAAAAGGAGAAAGAAAAGUUAAAGCAAGAGAUUGAGAAAGGAAAGCAGCUUGAUAAGAAGCGGGAGCGGGAAAUGAUUCCAGAUGUUGUCAAAGAAAGAAACAGAAAUCUUCAGAGGAUUACCACAAGCAAUUACUUAACGCUGUUCGUUCGGAAGCAUGUAAAGAACCUUGAUGGAAAGGAGAACGAAGCCGGGGGCUCUGUUAGAAAGUGUGCUAACUUGGAAACAACUGUCUCUAAGAAAGAUGUCAUCAGUGUUCUCAGGGGAGUGGAUGGAAGUACAAGUGAGAAGAACUCAAAAGCCAAACAGACUGAAGUGAAAUCAGAAGGGAGUCCAGGAUGGCACAUCCUGCGAGACGAUUUCCUGCUGAAAGACUGGGACGAGGUCAGUGAGGGGUCAGAUGGCAGCUGACCGGCUUCUGCACGUGACACUGACGCAUGCCGUUAGAAAUCAUGCACGUUUUCUUAGAAACUUGUUUCAUGUUCCGAAAGAUGAGAACUUGUAAGAAUACCAUUUAUAAGAAAACCUAAAAACUUUUUAUCAAUUUUAGAUAUUUCCCUUUUUUACAUGAAACGUUGUCUACUAAACCAAAGUAUCAAUGAUAUUUCACCAGGGUCAUUACAAGUUUAUGUAUUGGAAAUGGGCAUUGGUGUAUUGUUUGGAUAUCA